CCCCCCUUGCCCCCCGCAGGCAGCUGAGCUGCGAGCAUGUCGGUCGCCGCGAGCGCCAAGCUUAACAAGAUGGUCAAGCAGCAGUACCUGGACCUCCCCCAGGGAGACGAGGUCCAGGCCACGUACGUGUGGAUCGACGGCUCCGGAGAAGGACUCCGCUCUAAGACGCGCACCCUGGACCGGGAACUCAAAAGCCUCGGAGAUGCCCCCGAGUGGAACUUUGACGGUUCGAGCACGUACCAGUCGGAAGGCUCCAACAGCGACAUGUUCCUGAUCCCGGUGGCCAUGUUCCGAGAUCCCUUCAGGAAAGACCCCAACAAGCUGGUCCUGUGCGAGGUGCUCAAGCACGACAGGCAACCCGCAGAGACCAAUCUUCGGGACGGGUGUCGUCGCAUCAUGAGCUUGGUGGAGAAGGAGCAGCCCUGGUUCGGGAUGGAGCAGGAGUACACGCUGCUGGACAGCGACGGACACCCGUUCGGAUGGCCUCGCAACGGCUUCCCGGGACCCCAAGGUCCCUACUACUGCGGCGUGGGCGCCGACAAAGCGUACGGACGCGACGCGGUGGAAGCUCACUACCGAGCCUGCUUGUACGCCGGCGUGAAAAUCUGCGGCACCAAUGCGGAGGUCAUGCCGUCGCAGUGGGAGUUCCAGGUGGGGCCGUGCGAGGGCGUGGCCAUGGGGGACCACCUGUGGAUGGCUCGCUACAUCCUACAUCGAGUGUGUGAAGACUUUGGCCUGAUCGCGUCCUUGGACCCCAAGCCCAUCCCGGGAAACUGGAACGGAGCCGGCUGCCACACCAACUUCAGCAGCCACGACAUGAGGCAGGAAGGAGGACUCAAGGCGAUCGAGGCGGCCAUCGAGCGUCUGGCCAAGCGUCACCACUACCACAUCCGCGCCUACGAUCCCAAGGGCGGUCGAGACAACGCUCGGCGCCUGACCGGCCACCACGAGACCUCCAAAAUCGACCGCUUCUCCGCCGGCCGGGCCGAUCGCGGCUGCAGCGUCCGCAUCCCGCAAGCCGUGGGCGAGGAACAGAGGGGCUACUUUGAGGACCGCCGCCCUUCGGCCAACUGCGACCCGUACGUCGUCACCGAGGCCCUGGUACGAACCUGCCUCUUGAAGGAGGAGGGGGAGGAGCCCGCCCAUUACAGCCAAUGAUCCAUGCCACGCCCUUUUCCGCUUUGGGACUUCCUUCCUCGUGGACGUUUUGACUCGCUUCUGUUCCUGAAUCAACGUGUUGUCUGCA